UUUCUGCGCCUGCGCGGCCAGGGGGCCCUACUUCCGGUACUGCGCGCGCACAUCCUGAGCGUGUUCAGCACCAAGGAGACCGUCACCAUGAAGUUCAACCCCUUCGUGACCUCGGACCGCAGCAAGAACCGCAAACGCCACUUCAACGCGCCGUCGCACGUGCGCAGGAAGAUCAUGUCGUCCCCGCUGUCCAAGGAGCUGCGGCAGAAGUACAACGUCCGCUCCAUGCCCAUCCGCAAGGACGACGAGGUCCAGGUGGUCCGAGGACACUACAAAGGUCAGCAGAUCGGCAAGGUAGUGCAGGUGUACAGAAAGAAAUACGUCAUCUACAUCGAGCGGGUGCAGCGUGAGAAGGCAAACGGCACAACCGUCCACGUGGGCAUUCACCCGAGCAAGGUGGUUAUCACCAGGCUCAAACUGGACAAAGACCGGAAAAAAAUUCUUGAACGCAAAGCCAAGUCUCGACAGGUUGGAAAAGAGAAAGGCAAAUACAAGGAAGAACUCAUUGAGAAAAUGCAGGAGUGAACAAAACCUUCUGUACAGCCACAGUUGAACUGCAGAUUUCUAGCCUUGUGUAUGUCUCUUUGGAACUUCAGAUGUCUCUGGAAUGGGUUGUUUCCCUGCCGUUUUGUUAAUGAUCUGGGACUUUGUGAAUCUACUUUUUCAAUUUUGGUUAAUAACUUUGUGAAUAAAAAUUGGAAAUGUUUCUUAAUUCCAAA